AUGGAGACGCGCCUCCUCCCGAUCCGCGCCAUGUAUGUCAUCAACUCUGCAGAGCCCUAUCUCCUCGCCCUCUCUUCCACCAAGGCCUCUGUCUCCAUCAUUCCCCCCCACCUCGUCCCCCUUGCUGCCGAUGACCACAUCACCUACGGCAAGGUCUCCCUCCGUCCGUGUCUCGAGGCCAUCUGCCAGUCCAGCCCCGAACUCGUCCCGAACGGCGUUCGCGACUACUCCGUCUACGCCAUCGAUCCCUUCGAGUCUCGACGGAAAGGCGCGCCCUCCCACUCCCCCGGCGUAGCCGUUGGCUUUGGCUGGAUGUCCGACGCCCUUCGCAGCCCACAUCCUCCGACCGUCUUCGGCACCGUUUCCUCUGGUGGCAUCUACGACGAUGCCCUCGAGGUCAUCUUCUCCAUCCGAGAGGGAAACCGUCUUCCCCUCCCCCCCGUCUAUCCCGUCCCCGACAAGAGGGCUCCCAAGCGCGGUGCCAGCACCGGCGCCCUUUUCACCAACAACCCCCUUCAACGACAUCGGUCUCCCUACCCACCCCCACCACACCCUCCUUCUGCUCCCCUUCCCGUCUCACACACAUACCAACCCGAGCCGGUUGCCCCACCGGCCGCGGCCCCUGCCCCCGAGCCCGUCCCUCCGGCUGAUACAGGAACACAGGCGGCCUUGUCCGCCCUUGUUCUUGCCCUCGCCAAUCCCCAGCACACCCAGCAGAUCAUGUCCGCCCUCUCGUCCAUCGACUCCUCGGCCGCGGCUUCUCCCAAUCCUGAGCUUGUCCAUCUCCUCGGUGCGAUGCUCGCCUCGGCUGCAGCCGCCGUUCCGCCUCCGCCAAGUACAGCACCUGCACCUCAGCCCUCGUCUGUGCAACUCUCUGCACUCCAACAUCCCGCUUCUCAGCCCCUUGCUCCUCAAACCCUUGCCUCCCCGCUCCCCGCCACUCAACCUCCACCCCCUCCGGUCCCCGCCCACGCUACGUCGAUAUCUUCCCUCCCGCUCUUCUCCGUCCCGCCACCACCUGCUUCCUCUCUUGUCCCCCCUACUCAAGAUGUUCCACCUUCCACACCUCCGACGACAGACCACGCCCAAGACGAACCAGACGUCGUCGUCCUCGACAAGGAGAACGUCAACCCCACCGCCUUCCAGCGCAAGCCAUCUGAGAAGGGCAAGGGCAAGGAGCCUGCGCGGUCGCCCCCGCGUGCAGCCCCACUGCGACACCAUAACACCGCGCCCGUCUUGUACGCCCCUGCUCAGCCGGUCGUGCCCCCACUCCGGCCGCGCGCGAGCAGCUCGUCCCUCCGCAAGCGCACACUGAGUGAGAUCAUGGACGACCGCGACCGCGAAAACGACGUCUCGCGCAAACGGCCCACCGGCAGGAGGACGGUCAUCACGGCCGCAGAGCUGUUCCAAAUGCCCGGAUUCCGCCGCUCGACGAAGCUCACCCCCGCGGCCUCGACAUCCACGGCGAAUGUCGCGUCGGACCCGGGAUGGGAACACAUGCCACCGUCGGCACCUCCGAUGCCCCCGGUGCCAGCGAGCUCACCCCCGCGACCGCGUCGCAAGGCUUUUGUGCUCCCUAACUGGGCGCACACGAACACGACCUUUCUGCCGCGCACUGGGGAUGGCAAGUACGUUUCAUCGGAUUUGUCUACGACUGAGACGCAGACCCGCAAGAAAUCUGGGCAGAAGCGCGCACGCGAGAAGGACAAGUCUGUGCCCAAGCCGCGUAAGCGCGUCGCGACGUACAAGGACCCGUCGGAGAACAUCGCCGAGCGGUCCUUCCACGGGCCUGUCGCCCUCACUCCCCCGCCUGCAGGGCCGACGUCGGCCCAUCCCACCGCUGGCCCGCCACGCCCUGUCAUCGCUUCGUCUCCUUCGGUCUUCGGCGUUCCUUUCGCGCCUUCGUCGUCGCACAACGUUCUCGCCAGAUCUCAAGCGGUUGAGCCGCCCAGCACACCGCCCCGACGAUCAAGAGGCAGCAAUCCAACGACUCCGGAAGACGACGGGCUGGGCUCCCUCUUCACGCCCGACCACCCCUCGCUCCGGAUGAGUGCACGGACCCCGCGUCGCUUGUACAACACGACCCCCGCCUCCCCACUCUCCCCCUCGCGCCCACCCCGCACCUGCGUGCCAUCCCGUCCCAGACAUCCAAGCAGCUCCCGGAGCGCCGGGUCCGUCCCCGACGCGCCCCCGCUGAGCACGAGCGUUGGCACUCGGACGGACCCGCCGUCGGACGACGACGACGACGACGACAUGGACGUGCCGAUGGACUCGAUCCCGAUCGCUAGCAGCGACAACGAGUUCGACGGGGCGUCCCCGUCGCCGCACCGGCGCGCGACGAGCCUCGCGCGGUCGUCGCCGCUGCCGCCCUCGAGCCCGAUCCUGACGCCGUCGGACGCGGACUGGGACUCGGCACAGGAGACGGACUACGAGCUCCCGCCCGGGGACGAGAUCGAGGUGGAGUCCACAAUGCGUCUGGACGGGCUGCCCGCACCGGGGCCGCCAAGGGCGAGCUCGAACUCGGACGACGAGUUCCUCCUCCUCUUCUCGCAGGGCUCGGACCUGUUCGCUGACGGUGCGCCGGCUGUGUCCGCCUCCACGGACGGACAGGAGCUGUUGGACCCGGUGGCGUACUCGGAGUUCCUCGCGGCGUUCACGCAGACGCUCCCCGCGGCGUCCCAGCCGGCGGGCGAGGGGGAGCGGCGCGGACGAGGAGUGUUGUUCGACAUGGCGAUGGGGCCGUUCGGGAACAUGCUCGACGCCGACUUCCAGUCGGCGAUGUUCGCCAACCCGGAGCUGUACGACGCCGGGUCGGGCGUGGGGCUUGGGGACGCGGAGGCGGACCUGUCGGAGUUCUGGGAGAUGCUGCGGCCGGUGGUGGGGAACAGCGUGUACGCGAUCGACCCGCUCAAGGUCGCGGAGGGCGUGCAGGCGCUGCUGUCGGGGUGCGCGCUGUGA